AUGGAGCCAUCUUGCAGAUUAUGUACGAAUACUGAUCAAACACUCACAAGUAUAGCGGAUUAUCGCAUUCCUGCUGUAGAACGACAAGCAGCUGCAGUCACACUGGAUCAUCUCAUUGAACAGUAUUUAGCGAUUAGCGUUAAUCCAUCCACGUAUGAUCCCUUGAUUUGUGCCAAUUGUUUGCAGCGGAUAGAAGAAUGGCAUGCAUUUCGCGAAAGUUGUCAACAACACGAUCGUUUGUUCCAGGAGAAGAAAAUCUCGUUGGACCAGGUGGUCAAAACCGAACCUCCAUGCGAAUUAUAUAUUACCGGCUAUGGAACGAAAUCAGACAAGAGAUCAAACGAUACGGAAGCGACACAGCUAGAGGAAGAUUUCGACGAGGACGUGAUACAGUUGCCAUCGGAAACGGAAAGCUCAAACCAUGUGUCGAAUGCGUCACCCUCUCCGGUAAUGCAAUCUGAGCAGAACGAUCCUUCGAGUAGAGUAAGUCGACGAACGCGACAGGAAGGUCGCAGACUGCAAGUAACUAAGAGGAAACGAGGACGACCAAAAAAGUUAAAAGAAAAUUCCGAGCGGUUGACGCCUAUAAAAUUUGCUGACCAGCCUGUAAGAAAACAGCGACCUAUACCAAAAAUUUGCUCAAUCUGUGGCGUUGCUCGAACCGAUAUGGCAGCCCACAUGCGCUGGCACAACAAUGAGCGCCCGUACCAGUGUCCGCACUGUCCAAAGAUAUUCCUAAACAGUUCGAAUUUGAAGAACCACAUCAAUCUGCACACGCGUGAGAAAAUGUACAAAUGCGAUCUCUGCGAUAAGGAGUUUCCCAGCAGCACCGGGCGCAGCAAACAUCGGGAAACGCACACUACAGAACGAUCCCAUUUGUGUAACGUUUGUGACAAAUCGUUCAAAUACCGUGCAUCGCUGGCACGGCACAAGCUGAUCCAUUUCGAAGAACCGAAGGAAAAAUGUUCAGUGUGCGAUAUGCUGUUCCUGACAAAAACUAGACUAACGAAACACUUUUUGGUGCACAUGAACGUAAAACCGUUCAGUUGUGAAGUUUGCGGAAAAGCGUUCAACCGGAAGGACAAUCUUAAAACCCACAAGAAGACGCAUAUAACGGGAAGGAGAAGCGAGAAAAAGCGAGAAAUGGAAGAGGGUUUGGAGAAAAUUGAUCUAAUUUCCAAAAGGGAUCGCAUGAAAGACUAG